AUCUUUCUUCAUCAUCAAGAAGUGGAGAUCGCAGCGCGUCGCGCUCGUGCAGGCUCUCAGUUACGAUCGUACGUUGGAAGUGCUUGCACGCGUCGUGUGCAUUGGCGCCCAAAACAGUUGCGAACUGAACACUGGACUUUCCUUUCGGACUCGGAUCUUCACCGAGACGGCGGUGCCACUUGUCCUCUUUAUCUAUUCUGUCCGGUUUCGCACAACGCGUGUGGCCUUAAGCGUUUCACCGCCAUCACAUCCGCAGGGGUUGUGUUUCCUAGUGCCAUUGUUCCGUUCCGCCUGGGUCUCGUGACAUAUGUCUGUACGCGUCAGUGCUAUCGAAUUCACGGUUGGCAUCAAUUGAAGAAUAAAGUGGAUUAUUUUACAUCCGUUCGAUUGCUCGCUGCAAUUCGAGUGUGUAUUUAGCUGUCAGGGUUUAUUUACUAUCAGAACUUACUGGCGAUCCGGUACGAUAAGAAACUUUGGCUUGUUAUUUAUUCCUAUUGGUAGACGUUAAUAGAUCUAUGCGGUAACCAUGUACAUGUAUGAACCACCAAAGAAGAACAAUUUUACUUCUGUUGAAGAAUUCCAGGAGGCAUUCAAUUUGUUCGAUAACCGAGGAGAUGGCAAGAUUCAACAGCAGCAGAUUGGAGAGUGCCUACGUGCACUCGGGCAAAAUCCAACAGAGUCUGACGUGAAGAAAUUCACUAUGCAGCUUAAACCAGAUGAGCGUGUUUCGUUCGAAGUUUUUCUGCCAAUCUAUCAAGCCAUUUCAAAGCAGCGUACCGCGGAUACGGCGGAUGAUUUUAUCGAAGGAUUGCGCCACUUUGAUAAGGAUGCUAGUGGAUUCAUUUCUUCCGCUGAACUAAGACAUUUACUCACUACACUUGGUGAGAAAUUGGCCGACGAUGAGGUUGAGCAACUUCUACAAAAUCAGGAGGACUCCCAAGGAAACGUCAACUACGAGGAGUUUGUUCGGAUGGUCAUGAGUGGUUAAACAGUAUAAAUGUGCAUUUUUCAACAAAUCCACCAUGUUUUUAAAUUUCCUGCUUUUAAAAUACACAAGAAUUUGUGCCCAAUUCCACGUGGAAUUGAAUAACAAUAAUCAUACUUAGAGGGACAACCAUCGAAAAAAAUUGGAAUGUAUCGUUUCCAUUUAGAGCAUAGUUACUAUGAACACCGUACGUAAGGCAUUUUAACUUCAAUUCGGCAGGUGACUUCAUUGGCCACAUGCGAUGUUGUUUGAAGUUUUAGAUACAAGCUACCAUUAAUUUUUGCUACAAUGUCAAAUUUUGAAAAGGUUAAAGUAUUAUUUACCGCCUAAUCCUCCGCUAUUUCGAAUUUGGUUUUGCACGUAAGAUACUUUCUGGCAUAUCGAGCGACUAUAGUGAAACAUUUAAAUGCAUUUCUAGCUGGUUCUGAAAACAGAAGUUAAACAAUAGUAAAAAUACCUAUGUCAAAUUUUUAUUAUAUUUUAAUUUCAGUAAUAAAAACGUAACUUAUACACUGAUA